CAGUACUUUUUCCUGCCGUGGCAGGGGGUCGGACUUGCUGAUCUGCGCAGGUCCCUUCUGACCCUAGAAACUAUGAAACUAUAGGUUGCAUUGGGUCAUGUAAAAUAACUCCCCGAGUUAAAAAAAAUAGUAAAAAUCAGUGCAGCGGAUCUAAAGAAACAUCUGCUGCUAUUGAAAUGCAGUUACCCAGCCCCAGACUUCUGUGGCAAUAACAGAAGAGAAGCAGUGUCUGUGUUUAGGGAAGUAGCAUUAAUUAUAUAAGGUCUGUUCUGUCAUUGAAAUACACUAGUGCCGCAAUGAGCUUAAAAUCCGAUUAUAAAUGAAGGGAGUUAGGGGAAUGGAGAGGCAUUGCUGGGAAAUAAUCAAUACGGAGGGCAUUUUAAAAGGAUGGGUUCAGGGGGUGGGAAGCUUCAGCAGUGGAGUCUGUAUUGGCAGAAUUAAAGCCUAGGGUGGGUGGCUGGGGAACACAAACUGCCCUGUAAUGGGACUUGGCAGGGCUGAUGAAGAUUUUCAUAGGAUUCCUGGUGUACCUCCAGGCCAGGCUUUGGUGGGGAAACCUGUCUGCAGACCCUGGGCUCAGGUGAAGGAGAAAGUUGGUCUGGGUUGGUGAGGUGGCUGCUUCCCCCUUCCUAAAGGCAGCAUGCUCUAAAUAAAGCUGCCUGUGGGACGAGCUCUUGCACCAGGUGGCUGCAGCUUGUCCGCAGAGACUGUGGGGAAGUGCAGGAGACCGGGGGAAUGAGCGCUUCCUGCUGCCCCGCGCUGCGUGGAACUCGCAGGCUGCCCAGGCAGAUUGUCCGGAGUUUAUUGUGCGGCUCCUAAGGUCUGUGGCUGAUCUCCGUGGGGGUACCUAGAGUCCACCAGGCUUCCCCUCCCAUUUCCUCCCUGCUCUUCUCCUGGGGCAAGGCGCAGCAUUGGUAAGGUGCCACACGCGGGCUGAAGCCUCUCCCUCAAGCUGUCCUGAUUCUAUAGUCCCUGAUGUCUGUGGAUGCCGCUGUCCUGGCUGAGAUCUCUCGUCUCGAGAAGAGGUGCUGUGCAUACACCUAUGGCUGGAACUGCUAAUGAGGACUAUGAUUGGGCUGUCUGUGAGGAUUAAAGCCACUGCCAGCUUCCUUUGCUAGGACCCGUUGAAACUGCCACACCCCGUGAAGGCAGCAAAGCACUUUUACAGCACACAUGAUUUAUCUCAGACUUUGCUUCCUGGACUUUGUUCUGCUAGAUUGUUAAAGCAUUUCCCUGUGAACUCCAUACCUCAGGAGCCAGUCACCAUCUAGCACUCCUCCUGAGCAGUGUAGCUGGUGCUGCCAGGAUGCUGGGGACAGUCUGGCGCUUCCUUGUGGGCAUCUCCAUUUCUGUACUAGGAUGGCAGAGGCUGGGCUGUGGCCUCCCACCUCCCUGUGACAGCAAGAUUUACUGCACUGGAGACCUCCUGAAGCAGGUUCAGCUGGCCAGGCUCUUCCCUGAUGCAAAGCACUUUGUUGACAUGCCCCUGCGGAAGCCAGCAGAUGUGGUGCUGGCAGAAUUUCAGCAGCUGAUGGCCAAAGCGCAGAAGGGCAUUGUGUCCAGGACGGAGCUGCAGCAGUUUGUGACUUUGUCCUUUGAUGAUCCAGGGAAGGAAUUUGAGCAAUGGGAGCCUCAAGACUGGAAAAGCAGGCCCCAGAUACUAAACAAGAUUUCUGACCAGAAGCUCCGGGCAUGGGCGUCGGAGCUGAACACCAAGUGGAAAUCCCUGGGGAGAAAGAUCAAGGUUGCUGUAGAAGCCCAGCCAGAGCUUUACUCCCUGAUCUAUGUGCCAAAGCCCCUGAUGGUGCCCGGCGGCCGGUUCAUAGAGUAUUACUACUGGGAUUCUUACUGGGUCAUCGAGGGGCUGCUGCUAUGUGACAUGCCUGCCACGGCCAAAGGGAUGAUUCAGAACUUCCUCUACCUGGUGGACCGGUACGGGCACAUCCCCAACGGAGGGCGGGUCUAUUACCUGCGCCGGAGCCAGCCCCCCUUCCUCACACUGAUGAUGGACGCCUACCUUGCUCGCACCAAUGACACGGCCUUUCUCAGGGAGAACAUCCACCUGCUAGAAGUGGAAUACGAGUUCUGGCAGCGCAAUCGCAGUGUGACCAUCACCGUGGGGGGCACAAAUCACACUCUUAACCGCUACAAUGUCCAGGUUGGGGAGCCCAGACCAGAGUCCUACAGUCAAGACUGGGAGCUGGCAGCUGGCUUGAGUGACGCUGCCAGGCAGGAGCUCUGGGCAGAGCUGAAGUCUGCAGCAGAAUCAGGCUGGGACUUCUCUUCACGCUGGUUCCAACCCCCCACGCACACUGCGACACUGAGGGACACGAAAGCCAGCACUGUGGUGCCGGUGGACCUGAACGCUGUGCUGUGCAAGACAGAGCGCCUGCUGGCAGACUUCCACAGGCGGCUGGGCAACAGCUCCAAGACUGCUCAGUUCCAGGCUGCACUGGAGCACCGGCUUCAGGCUCUGCAAGCUGUCCUGUGGGAUGAGGCGGCUGGAAUGUGGCUGGACUUCAACCUCCUGACAAAGCAACUGAACCCAGCCUUCUACCCCUCCAACCUGGUGCCCUUGUGGGCCGAGUGCUUUGUGGAUGAGGCUGUGGUGGGGAAGGUGCUGCGCUAUCUGCAGGGCAGCACAGCACUGUCCUACAAGAACGGGCUCCCCACAUCUCUAGCCAGGACAGGGCAGCAGUGGGACCUGCCCAACGCCUGGCCCCCACUGCAGCACAUGGUGAUUGCCGGUUUGGCGAAGUCCAGCUCCUCGAGCGCACGGGAAACAGCCUUUGCCCUGGCCCAGAACUGGACCCGGACCACCUUCAGCCUCUACCGCAAGUACCAGGCCAUGUUCGAGAAGGCAGGGGCUCGAGUGAGGCCCCGCUCCGCUGUGCGCCCGGCCGCCGCUAGCCCUCGCCUCUGGGGCGUGUAG